AUGACCAACUUCAUACAGUUCUGUGCCAAUGGGCCAAAAGAUGGCCAGGUUUGUCAAAUCGUGAUAGAAGACCUUGAUGAAACCACAUUAGUAAAAGAGGGAGAGAAGAAAAAGAAGAAAAAAGAGCGUCCACCUUCACCCCCUCCGUCCCCUCCACCAAAGCCCCACCCCCUAGUGGAAGCACCCCACUCAGACAAAGAGUUGCAGGCAAUAAAGAUCCAGGCCUGGUGGCGGGGCACCCUGGUGCGCCGGACACUGCUGCACGCAGCCCUCAGAGCAUGUAUCAUUCAGUACUGGUGGAAACAGAAGCUGGCAGAGCUGCUGGAGAAGAAGCGGCGGGCUGUGCUGGAUCAAUAUGCUCAGCAAAAUCGGGCAGUGGUCAGGCUACAGUCUUGGGUCCGCAUGUGGCGCAUCCGCCUUCGUUAUUGCCGUUUGCUCCAUGCUGCCCGCAUUAUCCAGAUCUAUUGGCGCUGGCAUAAUUGCCAUACCCGUGGCUUUUUCAGGGGCAGCUAUGAACUCACAGCAAGCCAACUGGGACUUAAGCUUGAGAUGUCUCUGGGGUCACAGGUCUGUCAGAUUACAGACUGCAUCCCCUUCCCAAUAAAGAAUUGA